AUGGGGCUCUGGAGACGGCGAACAGGAGCUGGAGGAGAGGGGACUGUCGGGUGGUUGCCGGCGAGGAGGAGCGGCGGCUCUGGUGGCGACGACGGGUUCGGUUCGUGGUGGUGGUUUGCCGGCGGUGCUGCAGCUAAGGGCGGCGGCGGUUUGCUGUGGCGGCGAGGUGAGGCGGAGGCCGGCUGGGCGCGGGAGAGCGGGAUCUUGCCUCGGAGUUUCGUCGAACGAAUCGACAUUGACGACGAGGGUCGGAUCCAACGCGGAGAGCGCGGUGUCCGAAGAAACUCCGGCGAGGGGCUGUCCAGCGACGGGCAGCGGGAUCUGAGGCGAAUCUGGGGGUCGUCGACGUCGAGGCUGUCGGAGGGGUCGACGGAGGCAGCAAACAGCGGGAAGAGGAAGGCCGAUGGGGCUCUGGAGACGGCGAACAGGAGCUGGAGGAGACGGGACUGUCGGGUGGUUGCCCUGUCGGGUGGUUGCCGGCGAGGAGGAGCGGCGGCUCUGGUGGCGACGACGGGUUCGGUUCGUGGUGGUGGUUUGCCGGCGGUGCUGCAGCUAAGGGCGGCGGCGGUUUGCUGUGGCGGCGAGGUGAGGCGGAGGCCGGCUGGGCGCGGGUUCGUCGGGGUUGUGGUCGGAGGCGAGCGGUGCUUCUGUGGGGAUCCCGCCCCGACACCCGCCGGUGUGCUCAGAAGCGCUUCUUCCUGCACUCUCUGCUCCCAUAAAUGCCCGGAGAAAUGCCACGAGGGCCCGUGCUCGCCGUGCAAAGUGAAGGGGAGGUACAAGUGUGGAUGUGGGAAGAGUGAGGAGAUUAGGGAGUGCUAUGAGAGGGGUUUUAAGUGUGAGAAUGAGUGUGAGGGGAUGUUGAGAUGCGGGCGCCAUAGGUGCGAGAGAGGGUGCCAUGAGGGGGAGUGCGGGGAGUGCCCGUUGACGGGGAGAAGGACUUGUCCUUGUGGGAAGAAGGAGUAUAAAGGGGUUGCUUGUGAUGUUGAGGUGCCAAAUUGUGGUUCUACAUGCGAGAAGAUGUUGGCCUGCGGGAGGCACAGGUGUCCGGAGAGGUGCCAUAGAGGGGUGUGCGUGGAGACGUGUCGGACUGUGGUGAUGAAGGGGUGUAGGUGUGGGAGCUUGAGGAAAGAGGUUCCUUGUUAUCAAGAUUUGGUUUGUGAGAGGAAAUGUCAAGGAACGCGAGAUUGUGGGAGACAUGCUUGUAGGCGUCGUUGUUGUGGUGGGGAUUGCCCAUCAUGCCCAGAGAUUUGUGGAAGGAAGCUUCGGUGUAACAAUCAUAAAUGUCCUUCUCCAUGCCAUAGAGGUGAUUGUGCUCCUUGUCCUUUGAUGGUGUCCAUUUCAUGCUCAUGUGGAGAAACACACUUUGAGGUUCCAUGUGGGGUGGAAAGGAGUCAAAAGCCACCUAGAUGUCCCAAACAAUGUCAUAUAUCUCGGCUGUGUAGACACAAAUCUGAAUGCCGGCCCCAUAAAUGCCAUUAUGGAGCUUGCCCACCUUGUAAAUUGAUUUGUGGGGAGGGACUUCCCUGUGGCCAUACAUGUAAACAGAGAUGUCAUGGUCCCAUACCUCCUCCCAACCCUGAAUUUACUUUGAGACCAAAGAAGAAGCAAAGGGAUAGGCACAUCGAAAGUACACCUGGAUCACCAUGUCCUCCUUGUCAAGAAGUUAUCUUGAUACCGUGUCGUGGUCAACAUAUUGGUGAAGAACGUCCGAUGAUUUGCUCUAGAACAGUGCAAUUCUCGUGUCAGAACUUGUGUGGGUAUCUUCUCCUUUGUGGCAACCAUUACUGCACCAAAGCUUGUCAUUUUCUGGAACUUACGGAGCAUGAAGGACAGGAAGAGCGCUGUGAAGAUUGUUUUCUUCCUUGCCAGAAGGUUAGGGAGCCACCAUGUCCGCAUCCUUGCCCUUUACCGUGUCACUCCAACGAUUGUCCUCCUUGCAAGACCCUGAUCAAAAGGACAUGCCAUUGUGGUUCAAUGGUGCAUGUUUUUGAGUGCAUUUAUUAUAACAGCUUGAGCGACAAGGAGCAACAACGGGUUCGUUGUUGUGUUGGUACAUGCCAUAGAAAAUUACCAAAGUGCCCACACCUAUGCUCUGAAACAUGCCAUCCUGGAGAAUGCCCUUCGAGUAAUCAGUGUACCAAGAAGGUUACUGUACGAUGUGGAUGUAACAACCUGAAGAAAGACUGGAUAUGCCAAGAUGCCAUAAAUGCAUACAAGAAGGCUGGCCGUGAUCCGAAAGAUAUAACAAAAACUCAAUUUGGUGUUGGUUUACUUGCAUGCAAUGAAGAUUGCAGAAGUAAGAUCAAGGUCGUUGAUUCAGAGCCACAGCUCCGCAAAGCUAAGGUGACACAGAGCGUAGUUGUAGAUGCUGAAAAGGUACCAAAAAGAAGAAAAAGACGUGAAAAGGUGCGGGAUAUCAGAAAUGCAUCAAAAUUCCAGGCAAUAAAGCAAACAGUGUGGAGAUAUUUUCUGCUGCUGCUAAUUUGUUUAGUAAUAUCUGCAAUUGCUUAUUAUGGCUACAAAGGUAUUUUCUUGCUAUCUGACUGGAUGAAUAAAAUCGAGGAAAAACAACAAAGGAGAAGAUACCCAAGGGUCUGAAAAGAGGAAACGAAUAAAUACACAGAAUUCAUUGUGCUAUUUGGGUUAUACUUGUUUGUUAUACCUAGUAAGUUAGUAUACCAAAUAAGACACAUUCGAAAUUUGUGAAGUGGAAAGUCGUCGUGAGCUAUAUAAUGUAAAUUGGAUUGAGCUAAUAUGUUAAAAAUUUUACUAAAGUUACAUUUUUGUCUUGGGUGUAGGGAUAAGCAGGGUGUUUUCUACAACAUUUUUGACUGAUAAUUAUUUUUCCCAUAUUAAUAAAUUGAUGACUGGGUGAGAUCAAGUAUCA